AUGUCCCAAUUUCUAAUAGAUCCGCACCGAAGCUCGAAUGCAACCAGGCAGCAGAGAUGGCGACAGAGAAAGGCCUUGGACGACCCAGUCUUCAAGAAAAAGGAAUGCGACGUAAGACCACAGAAACAGUCCAAACUGACCAAAGCGGACUCGGACUCGCAAAGUGACGAGGAACAAGUGACGAGCGCCAACAAAACACUCACACCCAAAGAGAAAAGGAAGAUCUUUCGAAACAACGUCGUCCAAGUCCUAGUCAAGUCCACAGUCAUGCCCUUCAGGUGGCUCAAGAGUUCCUACCGCUGCUUCUACUGCUACGACAUCUUCCAAGAGGCUUCGGACUUGAAGAACCACCAACAAGUCCACACAGGCGACGAGAUCAAGGAGCAGGCCAUGAGCAACUUCUGGGAACCUGUGGUUUACAUCGACAUAUCCAAUUUAAGUUGCAGACUUUGUACAGAUAACGUAGUGGACUUGUACGAUUUAAUAGAUCAUCUAGUCGCAAAACACGGAGUCGUGUAUAACAAAGAUGUCGGCACCUGUAUGGUGGCAUUUAAGCUGGAUAAUUUCUCAGUCACCUGCCUCGCUUGCGGCCUAAGCUUCUACACAUUCGGACCAUUACUGCACCACACCAACAAAGACCAUAAAGGAACCUCGGCUAUUCUCUGCGACAUAUGCGGCCAGCACUUCAAAGAUGCCAAUUUACUUAGACUACACAUAAAAACUGUUCACGAAAACACGGGACUCCUUUGCCCUGAAUGCGGUGAAAAAUUCGAAACCCGAGCCAAGUUAAAAACGCACCAGAAAAACCAUCACGACAUGGAGAAGAAGUACAAGUGUCUCGUCUGCUCCCUGACUUUCCAGAGCCACUAUAAAAGGUCCAGGCACAUGGCAGCAGAACAUAAGAAUCGACAGGAAGUCAAGUGCCUCCAUUGUCCAAAAACUUUCGUGUUCAGAAGCAUGAUGAUGACGCAUUUAAGAGACACCCACCUAAAAGUCCGGAACCAUGUGUGCGGAGUGUGCGGGUGGAAGGCUUUCAACAGCAACAGAUUGAAGAACCACAUGUAUAAGCAUAGCGGAGAGAAGAAUUUUAAAUGCACCGCUUGUGACAAGGCAUUUACUACUAAGAAGAUCAUGAAAGCGCACUGCGCGAGGAUGCAUAAGAAUGUCCCUGUUGUUAUGAACGCUUACGCCACUGUGCCAGGUGAUCACUUCGAGCGCGCCCGUAAGAGACAGCUACUGCAUCAGAUCAUACACUACUCCACCGCCAUGCCGUUCCGGAGAGCCGCCAACAUUUACAAGUGCUUCUACUGCUACAAGAACAUUAACAAGGCCAGCGACCUUCGGGAACACCACGACACCCACGACGACGACGGACUCAAGUUCAGAACCGUCAAGAGAUGCGCCAUCCAGUUCCCGACCUGCCUGGACAUCUCCGAUCUCAGGUGUAAGCUGUGCCACAUGGACUAUGACGACUUAAAGACAUUCCUCAUCCAUCUGCAAGAAGACCAUAAGAAAAUAUUCUCCAUGGAAGCGACGAAACACAUUGAAUGCUACAAAAUAUCCGACGGCAACAUGAAAUGUCUAAUCUGCGACGAAACCUUCGAGUACUUCUACCCCCUGCUGAUUCACACGGUGAGAUCGCACAGGGAAAGCGUGCUGAAAUGCGAAACUUGCGGCCAGAGUUUCAGCAGCAAAUACGGUCUCAAAAAACACCAGACAACCCACGACACUCCAGAAAUCUACCAAUGCAGACAUUGCGAGAAGUCAUUCACAUCGACGCAUAAUAGGCGGGAGCACGAAAAGAGGAUUCAUGACGAGAAGGCGCGGAAGUGCCAUAUCUGUGGGGAGAUACUAGGCAGCACAUUCAAGAAGGCAAUGCACUUGGAGAACGUUCACAACGUGAUGGGCGAGUUCAAAUGCGAAACCUGCCCGAAAACCUUCCGGCUUCGCAACCAUUUAGUCAGUCACGUUCAGCGCGUACAUCUCAAGGAGAGGAACAAAGUCUGCAUGGUCUGCGGCGACAAGUUCUACAAUAACAAUUUGCUUAAAUUGCACAUGGUGAGACACAGCGACGAAAAGCCGUUCGAGUGCGAGAUAUGCAAUAAGAAAUUCACGAGGAAAAAGGGUUUGGAUAUACAUGUGCGUACGCAUACUGGCGACAAGAGAUGCGUGUGUCAGAUGUGCGGGGCGGCGUUUGUGCAGACGUCGAGUUUGAAGCUGCACCUGAGAGUGCAUCAUGGGAUAGAGAAAAAGACGGAGCCGAACUGA